AUGACUGAAGGAAUAGAAAAAAAGUUGAGAUUUGUUGAGGAAGAAACAGAUCUGGUUAGCAAUCUACCUGUUGUACUUCAAGCUUCUAUAAUUUCCUUCCUACCAGGAACUGAAGCUGUGAAAACUAGUGUGCUUUCCCAUCAUUGGAAAACAGUGUGGAAUUAUUCUUCUCACCUUAAUUUUUACCAAAGACAAAUUUUGAAGCCUUUCAUCGAAGCUCGCAUUCAAACUUAUAACUCUAACAAGCGCCGUUUGAGGCUUAUGCGUCACAAGAAAACUCUAUUCAAGGAUGUAAGUCUUGAUGCAAUUUUGGAGUCAAUUGCGGAAGCAACCAUGAUUAUCAAUUCAAUUAUGGAUAAUCACAUUGGUCCUUUGAAAAGUUGCAACAUUCGACAUUUGUCUAAGAGUUGUGAAAAUGGAGAUGUUGUACAAUGGAUGAUAAAACUACUAGAGAAAGGGGUGAUAAAAGUUUCAAUGGAACUUGAAUACCUUGUUUAUGAUCACCAAGAAAUAAAUAUUCAUUUAAAAAACAAGGGCGUGCCAUUUGAUUUGCCUUAUGAGGUUUUCACUAGUUUUAAGGUUCUAGAACUGAAAAACUAUCAUUUCACAACUGAACCAUCUCCGAAUCCCCGUCAGGUUUUGAGCACUCUCAUCCUUAUGAACGUGCGUAUUAAAGCUAACAAAUUUCAAGGGAUUCUCUCUCAUUGUGAGACUCUUGAAAACCUCACCCUCGAGCAAUGUGAUUUCUCAGGAGAUGGAAUUAUGAUUGAGAGUCAAAGUCUCAAAUAUUUUAGAAUUUUUGAUAUGAUUGCUUGUAAGAUUUUUGUUUAUUCAGCUAACAUUAAAGUAAUAGAGAUUGGCUCUAUUGUUUGCAAUCAUGAAGAUUUGGUUUUAAAUACCCCAAGCCUUAAUGCUCUCCAUGCUUACAAUGAUAUGAAAAAGCUUGAGCAACAUUUGACAGCAAGAGAUAUUAUUGAAAUUUGUGGCGGUAUUUUGGGUUGCCAAAGUUCAAGCAUGGGAAAUAUAUUUACAAACUUGAUUACUCUCUGCCUUGAUAUAGAUUUCACAAAUACUAGAAAUUCAAUAGCUCUUUCUUUUGCCAUUAAGUCAUGCAGCCAACUUAAGAAUCUAAAAUUAAAUAAUCAGGUCAAUAUGGCUUACAAUGGUGGGACAAGUGAUCAAAAUGACAAUAAUUAUUUACCUUAUCCUGAAGUCUUAUUUUGGCAAAAAAGAGAGCCAUGUGAAUGUGUCACUUACAAGCUAAAAUAUCUUUGUAUAAAAGGGUACACAGGUGGAGAGUCUGAAUUUGAAUUUGUUAAGUACUUAGUACUAAAUGGUGGAGUUAUUGAAAAAAUCAUCAUUUGGUUUUUGGAUGACUGUUCGUGGAGUGAAGUCGUGGCAACUAUGUGUUUGUUGUCGUAUCCAAAACUCUCUUCCAAAUUAAUCGUUGAUCUUAAACCGGGGGUAGAAUAUUUGGAAAAAUAUGGUUCUGACUUUAAGAAGUGGGUCACAACCCUAAAAUAA